UGCGUAAAGCUAUCCAAAAAUUUUGAAAUACAAAUUAACACAGAGAACGCCGGUGAGGUGCGUGCGCUGCCAUUCUGUCUGACUACCAAGCACCGCUUAACCUAACAGGGGCAGUAUUUACCGGCCUGCGCCAUGGCUUCGGAGAAUGAAUCUGACGUCGAGCUGGAGGAGAACUACUACACAUUUCUGAAUUUGCCCCGAAAUGCCACCACAGAGCAGAUUAAUACAGCUUACAGGAAGCAGAGCCGCAUUUACCACCCGGACAAGCACCACAAUGAGGACAGCAAGAAGCAGGCGGAGAUUAUGUUCAACCGCACCAAGCGCGCGUACGAGGUGCUGUCUGAUCCCCACCAGAGGGCCAUAUACGACUCGGUGGGCGUACAGGGCCUGAGAACCGAGGGCUGGGAGAUUGUCCACCGGACCAAGACGCCGACAGAGAUCAGGGAAGAGUACGAACGCCUUGCGCAAGCUGCUGAUGAACGUCGCCUGCAACAGCGAACUAAUCCGCGGGGGAACAUCACCAUUAACGUGAAUGCAACGGAAAUAUUCGCGCCCUACGAUGAAACGGAAAUGCCCCGCGUUGAGAUAGGGUCAAUGAGCAUUGCACAGUCCAUCGAGGCCCCUUUGACGCGCAAGGACAUGAUCAUUAUGAGCGGCAACCUGUACUCCUCCAACGGGAAUGGCAGUGGCGGGUUUGUGGUAGCUGGACGUCGACUCCUGAACAAGGGCUGGCUGGAGGUCUGUGCUGGAGCGGGAAACGGCUUCCUAGUGGGUCUCAAGGGUGGACGCACACUUUCCCCUAAGGUGACGCUCAACGGCGGGACCAACAUGAGUUUCCGGGAACACGGCGUGAUACCCGCCCUGUUCUCCACGCUCGCUGUGCAGCUGGACAAGCACACAGUGGGCAGCCUGACGUUGAACGCGGGCCCCCAGUCGUCCAUGUCCACACAAAUCGACCACAGCAAGGACGAGUACGCGCUGAGCUCAUCCUUUGUAAUUGGUUCGCCGCACAUCUACUUUGGUCUCUCCUACACGCGCAAGAUGAUAGAAAAUGAGAUGAAGCUGAAGCUGGCCGUGAAGGUCGGAACAUUUGGCUUCAUGGGCGAAUAUGGACUGGAGAAGAAGAUUUCCAAGUACAGUUCUGUGACAGCAGCUGUCUCGAUUGGUGUGCCUUCUGGAGUUAUCCUUAAAUUUAAGAUACUACGAUCGAAUCAGUCUUAUGUGUUUCCUAUCCACCUGAGCGAUGAGAUAGUGCCCGCCGCUGUGUUUUAUGCCUCUGUGACCCCCGUAAUUGCGUGGUUCUUGAUUAAGAAGACCAUUAUGGACCCAAUGGAUGCCGAGCGCAAGAGCGUCGAAGUGGAGCGGACAAAACGGCAGAACGAGCAGCGCCUGUUGGCCAAGCGGCAGGAGGCCAGUGCUGCCGUCCAUCUUAUGCAGAGUACCUACCAUCGCAUCAUGACCGAGGAGCUGCAGAAGACGGGCCUGGUCGUCACAAGAGCCGUAUAUGGCUGCACAACGGAGAACAGCAGCACCCAGUUCAAGCCCGAGCUGUCGCUUGAUGUCACUAUACCAAUUCAGUGUCUGGUCAGGGACAGUACCUUGCAGCUAUACGAUUCCUCAAAGAGCGAUCUUCCCGGCUUCUAUGACCCCAGCAUCGGGGACAAUAAGAUCCUACGCAUAGAGUAUACAUACCAAAACCAGUUCAGGGUGGUCAACAUAAAGGACAACGAGGCAAUCCGACUGCCAUUGCCAUGAUAGUGGUCUGGUCUGUGUGCUUCAUACUGUAUUUAGUAUAAAUCAUCAGUUGUGUUUGUAACUUGUUUUUUAAUCUUAAUAGGAAAGACCCAUUCCAAGAGAUGGGGCAAAAAGAACGGUUAAGACAGCUUUAUAAUAUUGCCCAUUUACAAUACCCAUUUGCAUUGUAAACUCACUGUUUUUAAGGAUACUUUUGAGAUCCGCGAAAUAAACAACGAAAUUUGUUCAAAUUGGAA